CACCCUCUCGCCUCCAACUAGAUAAUUCGUCUUUGAGUUCAAUGAGUGGAGAGUGGACAUGAACUGAGAGACAGAAAUCUUCAGCGAGCAUAUUCGGCUUUUAAAAAACACACAGAUUCAGCUACAGUCAUAACGAAGAUGCAACGAUGACUCAACCUCAGCUGAAUGAGUUCAUUCCUCCUCCGGAGUGCCCUGUUUUUGAGCCCAGCUGGGAGGAAUUCGCCGACCCUUUUGCGUACAUCAACAAAAUACGACCCAUUGCAGAGAAAACUGGCAUCUGCAAGGUCCGCCCGCCGCCGGAAUGGCAGCCACCAUUUGCCUGUGAUGUUGACAGACUGAAAUUCACACCACGGAUACAAAGGCUUAAUGAAUUGGAGGCUCAGACCAGAGUUAAGCUCAACUUCCUUGAUCAAAUAGCAAAAUUCUGGGAGCUCCAAGGAUGCACUCUGAAAAUUCCUCAUGUGGAAAGAAAGAUUUUGGAUCUUUAUCAGCUAAAUAAGCUGGUGAAUGAAGAGGGAGGCUUCGAUGCAGUCUGCAGAGAGAGACGCUGGACCAAGAUAUCCGUCAAGAUGGGCUUUGCUCCAGGCAAGGCAAUUGGCUCUCAUCUGCGGGCACACUAUGAGAGGAUCCUCUACCCAUAUAACCUGUUCCAGACUGGAGCCAAUCUGCCCAAGGCCACCUUGACCAAUGACACUAAAGAUAAGGAGUACACCCCUCAUGACCUGCCACAGCGUCAGUCUGUCCAGCCCCAGGAGACCUGCAGCAUCGCUCGCCGAGCAAAACGAAUGAGAUCUGAGAGAGGCAGUGUUAAAACUGAACCUAGAGAAGUUUGUGAGAAUCGUCCCAAUCUCAGAAGGAGGAUGGGAACAUGUGUUGCCAAACCAGAGCCUGAGAGAAGGUCCGAGGUGAAAAUGGAACCCAUUAAACAUGAGGAUCCAACAGAAUAUGAAGAAACUGUAUUAGACAAGAUAAAUAAACCUCCCCAGAAUAAAGUGGACCAGUACAUGUGCCUGGUAUGUGGCAGUGGGAGUGCCGAGGACCGCCUGCUGUUGUGUGAUGGCUGUGAUGAUAGCUAUCACAUCUUCUGUCUGAUCCCUCCCCUCCACGAUGUUCCCAAAGGCGACUGGAGAUGUCCCAAGUGCCUGGCUCAGGAAUGUGGCAAACCUCCUGUCGCUUUUGGCUUUGAGCAGGCCAGCAGGAACUACACCCUCCAAGCUUUUGGAGACAUGGCCGACUCCUUCAAGUCUGAUUAUUUCAACAUGCCAGUUCAUAUGGUUCCCACAGAGCUGGUGGAAAAGGAGUUCUGGCGUCUAGUCAGCACCAUCGAGGAGGAUGUCACUGUGGAGUACGGAGCAGACAUUGCCUCUAAGGAGUUUGGGAGUGGUUUCCCUGUGAGGAACGGCCAUUUUGAAGUCUCCCCUGAGGACGAGCAUUACCUGAGCAGCGGCUGGAACCUGAACAACAUGCCAGUCCUGGAUGCCUCUGUGCUGACUCACGUUACAGCCGACAUCUGUGGGAUGAAGUUACCCUGGCUGUACGUGGGCAUGUGCUUCUCCUCCUUCUGCUGGCAUAUUGAGGACCACUGGAGCUACUCCAUAAACUAUCUCCACUGGGGGGAGCCAAAGACGUGGUACGGGGCUCCUGGUUAUGCUGCAGAGCAUCUUGAGUCGGUCAUGAAGAAACUGGCCCCCGAGCUGUUUGAGUCUCAGCCAGACCUCCUUCACCAGCUGGUCACCAUCAUGAAUCCCAACACGCUGAUGAACAAUGGCGUCCCGAUCUAUCGCACCAACCAGUGUGCAGGUGAAUUUGUCAUCACUUUUCCCAGAGCUUACCACAGCGGAUUCAACCAGGGUUUCAACUUUGCUGAAGCUGUCAACUUCUGUACAAUGGACUGGAUGCCCAUUGGCCGUAACUGUGUGGAACACUAUCGCCAGCUGAGCAGGUACUGUGUCUUCUCCCACGAUGAGAUGAUUUGUAACAUGGCCUGUAAAGCAGACAUGAUGGAUGUUGACCUGGCAUCGUCGGUGCAUAAGGAUAUGACCAUCAUGAUAAAAGAAGAAGAGGAACUAAGACUAAAGAUAAUCAAAAUGGGUGUGGAACAAUCACAGCAAGUUGAUUUUGAGGUGCUCCCAGACGAGGAGCGGCAGUGUUACAAGUGUCGGACCACCUGCUACCUGUCUGGCAUCACCUGUGCCUGCAGUCCCAGCAAGAUGGUUUGUCUGUACCACACCCAGGACCUCUGCUCGUGUCCUCGUAGCAACCUCACACUCCAUUACAAGUUUACACUGGAUAAGUUGUACCCCAUGAUGGUGUCAGUGAAGCUGCGUGCAGAAUCAUACAAAGAGUGGGUCAGUACUGUGCAGGAGAUCCUGGAGAACAAAGGGGACAAGAAAAAAGGUUUGGAAGAGCUUCACAGCCUGGUGGAGCAGGCAGAAACAAAGGCGUUCCCACAAACCAGCCACCUGGAUCAGCUACGUACAGUCACCACAGAGGCUGAUAAAGUUGCCGUGAUGGCACAACAGCUUCUCAAUGGGAAGAGGCAGACGAGGUAUCGCUCUGGAGGAGGAAAGUCUCAAAACCAGAACGAAUUAACGGUGGAGGAAUUGAGGUCUUUUGUCCGACAGUUAGACAGCCUGCCUUGUACCAUCCGGCAGGCUCCUUUACUCAAGGACCUGUUGACCCGGGUGGAUGACUUCAAGCAGCGCAGUGAACGUCUCCUCUCUGAUGAGUCCCCCAGCCCGCUGGAGCUUCAGGACCUGCUGGAUGUGAGUCUGGGCCUGGAUGUGGAGCUGCCGCAGCUGCCCCUACUGAGGGAGAGACUGGAGCAGGCUCGCUGGCUGGAGGCUGUGCAGCAAGCCAGCAGCUGGCCAGACAGCCUCUGUCUGGACACCAUGAGGAGGCUGAUUGACCAGGGCGUCGGUCUGGCCCCUCACAGCUCCGUGGAGAGAGCCAUGGCUCGUCUGCAGGAGCUGCUAACGGUGUCGGAGCAGUGGGAGGAGAAGGUGCUCAGCCUCAUCGAGGCCAGGCCCUAUCACAGCUUAGAAACACUUGACGUGGCUCUACAAGAGGUAGAAAACAUCCCUGCUUAUCUGCCCAACUGUCUGCAGCUGAAGGAUGUCGUCACCAAGGCCAAGAAAUGGUUGCAUGAAGCCGACGCACUUCAGCUCGGGGGACGUAUUCCGGUGCUGGACAGCCUCUCUGAGCUGGUUCUCAGAGCAGAGGGAAUCCCAGUGAGGCUCGACCCGCUGAGUCGAUUGGAGGCCCUUGUCGGCGACAUUCAGGCCUGGAAAGAGAGCGCAGCAAAGACAUUCCUACUGAAAAACUCCCCCUUCUCUCUCCUUGAGGUGCUUUGCCCAAGAUGUGAUGUAGGGGCCGGGCAUCAGAAGUCACGAUCUAAAAAAGCAAAAGAAGCUCCGCAGAUCAGUAAAAAGGGUUCAACAAAACUUGAGUCUCUGUGUGAUGUGGAGAGAGCGCUCUCUGAGAGCAAGGAUUCUGCUUCUGCUAUGACCACUCUAGCCGAGGUCCGCCAGAGGGAGAUGGAGAUCUUGUUGGCUCUGAGGGCCUCAAACGAAUCUAAGCUUGUUCCUGCUGAAAACUGUUGCACACUUAGCGUUUGCGUUUGCCAAAAGGCUCCUUCAGGUGCCAUGGUGCAGUGUGAGCUCUGUCGAGAGGUUUUCCACCAUGGCUGCGUGGAAACGACUGCAGACCUCGAGUAUGGACAAGCCUGGCUUUGCCCUCUCUGUCAGCGGUCGAGAAAACCCCCCCUAGACAAGGUCCUGCCCCUGCUUGCUUCGUUGCAGAGGAUCCGGGUUCGACUUCCGGAAGGAGACGCCCUGCGCUUCCUCAUCGAGAGGACGGUGCGAUGGCAGCACAGAGUACAGCAGGCGUGCACAGAGGGAGCGCUGGAGAAAGUGUCAAAGAUGGGGAGAGUUGGACCCAGGAUAUCUUCACAUUUGACUCAGGAAAUAAAUGGUUCAUCAUUUUACACAGAACACCAGUCUGUUCCACUCCAGGGUCUUGGUCCUGAGCUGGAUGAGCUGAUGGUGGAGGGAUUCCUGCUGCAGGUCACUCUGCCGGAGACCGAGCAGCUGUACAGAUACUUACUGUACAAACUGGCUCCCCUGCCCUCACAUAGCCCCCCCCUCGGGAACGACACAGAACAGGACCAACAGUCUCCAAGAGGGAGCCCCCACCACAACAAGAACGGAGUCUCCAGUCUCAAAAAGGAGGUGAUGAACGGUCAGAGCAAAAGGACCAAGCGACGUAAGGAAAGCUCUGACUCUCAGCACAGCGACAAGGCCAAGAAGUGCCGCAAGAAGAAGUCCAAGAAAAGCAAAGAAAGGAGUGAAGAAACCAAGAGGAUGGGUUCUCCCACACACACGGUGUCUGACCCUGCUCCAUCAGACUCUGAGGAGGACUAUUCACUGUGUGCUGCACCAUGGUGUAGAGAGCCAGAGGGUGACGAGGUAAACUGGGUCCAGUGCGACGGCAGCUGCAACCAGUGGUUCCACCAGAUCUGUGUCGGACUGUCUGCUGAGCGAGCAGAGAAGGAGGACUAUAUUUGCAUAAGCUGCACACAGCCAGACUACAAAAGAGGAGAAUGAAGACCAAAAAGUGACUUUGAAGGAUCAGCGGUUUUGUUGCAAGCUGCAGCACUUAGGUGCACACCUGAACUCUGUGUGCCCUGUGGCUUCCCCACCCCCCUCUUUACCUUCUGGCUUGCCCUUAGUGAACAUGGUGCUAUUUACUUUUUUUUCCCAGAGUUACAAAAGACUUUCACUGUCACUGUUUUUUCGUCACGUGGCUGGUUUUUCAGCCAAUCAACUAAUCCUUUCUGAAACUUUCCAAGACUUGAUGCAGAUGUAAAAAAUGGCAAAACGUUUCAAGAACCAACAGCGCAGGGAUUUUUUCAACCAAAAAAAAAAAAGUCAGUUUGACAUCACAUUUUAGAACCGUUUUUUUUUUUUUUUUUUACAUGCAUCUGAACAAUGUGAAACUUAUCUUUCUCUUGUAGAGUAAAUAUUAUUUAUCUAAGCAAUAACUGAACUGAUUAAUUGAAGUUCAGUUUACACCUGAGCUAUAUUUGUGCUUAGACAUUCUUUGAUAGGAUGCCUUCUCGAAGCUAAAACCCUGAAGAAUUCACUUUAUGAAUCCUAUGAUCUUACACAGUUCAGUUAAAAUUUGUGAACAACUCGAAUCAGAGGCAACAACUGUAUGUCAAAGCUUGUUGAUCUAAAACGUGCAAAAAUUGCACCUGACUAUUUGACCAUACCCCUUAAAAAAAUCACUGACUUUGAUAUGAAGUCACAUUUCCCUUUUUGCGCUGUCUGCGGAGGAAAAACAACGAGCCCUGGAUCUGUGGUUCCUGGCACCAGGGUGAGACUUGAUGAUGUUCACAAGAAAGAAUGAGCUGUCCGACAUCAAAGGAAUGUACAUUUUCUUUUAGGGUGGAUUUUCCCUUUAUGGUUUAGGAUGAAAAUAUUGUGUUGGACUUAGAUUUAACACAGUGUGAUUUAUUUGCCACGGGUAUAUGACCUUUUUCUGCUCCUUUGGGUAAAUAAUAUAAUUCAUAUGUUGCAGUUUGCAUUAUAAAAUAAAAAUGUUUGUUCCCA